UGCGCAGGUCCAAGGCGGCUGAUGAGGAGAGGAGCCGUCGAGCCCGGAGCGCCCGGGAUGAAUACCGGCGCCACUCGCUCCGCGCCAUCCAAAAGGGCACAGUCGCUGGCCUUAGCUCCAUGUUCCGGGAACUCGGCCAGAGCCAUGAGCAGGAGGCGAGACUCUACCAGCCUCUUCCCGGCCCGGGUCCACCACCGUCACUUGCCGUGCCUAUCAGGACUUGGGAGCGCCCACUGCGUCCACUUUCCAGAGAAGUCAUCAUCCGCUGGUUUAAGGAGGAGCAGCUGCCUCGCCGAGCUGGCUUUGAGAGGAACACCAAAUCCAUUGCUCCCUGGUUCCACGGAAUUAUUACCCGAGAAGAUGCAGAAGAUCUCCUGGAGAACAUGGCUGAGGGAGCAUUUCUGGUCCGUGUCAGUGAGAAAAUCUGGGGCUACACCCUCUCCUACCGCCUGCAACGGGGCUUCAAGCACUUUCUUGUAGAUGCUUCUGGGGACUUCUACAGCUUCUUGGGAGUGGACCCUAAUCGCCACGCCACACUCACGGAUCUCAUUGAUUUCCACAAGGAGGAAAUCAUCACUGUUUCAGGGGGAGAGUUGCUUCAGGAACCCUGUGGACAGAGGGACAGCCCACCAGACUACCACCUAUUGUUUGAAUGA